AUGAACCACCACGAGGAAAGUCAUUACAGUUCAGCGAAAAAUGCAGUGGAGCGUGAUCAGUCCAUUCAUGUUGACGCCAGCCAAGAUUUUAAGUUGAAAAUUGCCAAAGACGGCCAGCCGAUGGUGAACGACGUUCCCAAGGUUUCUUACGCUCAGAUGCCAGCCCCUCGUGUGGGACCAGCCAUUCCCAGCCAUGAACGAGGGGUCCCUGAUGAACAACGUCUCAUGAACUAUUUGUUCCAGGGAUAUGAAAGGACGGUGAGGCCGGUGCGCAACGCCUCGACUCCCGUAGUCAUCCGGAUGGGCCUAACAUUAACACAGAUAUUCGACAUGGACGAGAAGGACCAGGUCCUGGUAACAAACGUCUGGCUCGAUCAGGAAUGGGUAGACGAGUUUAUGCGAUGGGACCCGGAUCAGUUUGCCAACAUCACCACCAUACGCAUCCCCUGCAACAAGCUCUGGCUCCCAGACAUUGUCCUCUAUAACAAUGCCGCCGAGUACACAGACGGGUUAAUGCCUGCAAAUGCCAUGGUCAAGUACGACGGCAACAUCUUCUGGCCCAUACCGACCAAACUGCAGAGCUCUUGCAAAGUUGACGUCACUUACUUUCCGUUCGAUGAGCAGGAGUGCUACAUGAAGUUCGGAUCUUGGACUUACGAUGGAUUUCAGGUUGAUAUUACCAAUCGAACCGAGAAGGUCGAUCUAAGCAACUACGUGAACAACGGCGAAUGGGAGCUGCUGAACAUACGUAUAGAGCGUAACGUCGUGACGUACGCGUGCUGCCCGGAGCCGUUCCCGGACGUCAAGUUUUACAUCCACAUCCGGCGUCGUACGCUCUACUACAUGUACAACGUUAUAUUCCCGUGCAUCAUGAUGUCCGCCCUCACACUGCUCGUGUUCUGUCUGCCACCUGACUCCGGAGAGAAGAUUGCCCUAGGUAUAACAGUGCUAUUGGCGUUCUCCGUAUUUAUGUUGGCAGUCGCUGAGAAUCUCCCUGAAACAUCGGAGUUCGUUCCGCUGAUCAGUAUCUACCUCACUAUUGUGAUGGCCCUGACCUCGAUGUCGGUCAUUAUGACCGUGUUCGUCCUCAACCUUCACCACAGAGGUCCAAACAAGAGGGCUGUACCGAGGUGGCUAAAAAAACUGCUGCUAAACGGGAUGUCCCGGUUCCUUUGCUUGCAGGAAAGUAAACACGACCCUGGGCGUUACUACGACAACGAAGAACGAUUCAUAAAAAAUGUGUCGCUGAAGAUUACGCUUGACAACAUUCAACAGGCUCUCGAGAAUGAGGCUAAACUAGAAAACAUUGAAACGAUGAAUCAAGCAGAUACCGAUCUUUCAAAUAAUUCUUCGCAUUUUGCGUCACCUCUAGACAGAGAACGUAUGGACAAUACUUCCGAUGUACAGCGCAGCAACCACGUGGAUUUUGCCCGAUUGGAGGGUUCUGACUGGAAUCAAGUGACAAGCUCGAUAUAUCCUUCUCAAACGCAACACUGCUAUCAGUUUGACCCGCGGACAAGUGAAUUCAGUUCUGUAACAGGAGUAAACAUUUUCCCAAACGCAGUGUCAGAAAUAAUCUCCUCUCAGACCAACAACCGACUGGGUGUCCCGGGCAGGCAGGACAACAACCACAAAUCGAAGCGCCGCGCGAAAUCUAUUCUUUCGAAAACGAACGAAGAGAUACUGACCUCUCUGAAGAGGAUUCUGGAAAAGCACGAGAAGGAAGAUCGAGACUAUGAGGUGGUCCAGGAAUGGAGGCGCGUGGCGCAAUGUGUCGACCGCAUCCUGUUCUUUAUCUUCUUUAUUGCUACCUUUUCUUCUACCAUUGGUAUUCUGGUGAUUGCCCCUGCGACACAGUACUAG